UUUGGCCAUUGAAGCGGCCAUGGCGGGCGACGACUUGUCGUUGGACGCGACCGGGCUCAUGCUCCUCGCUGUCCUGAGGCCGCAUUACCAAAGCAGCCACCUUCUUGUCGCGAUGGCCGUCGAUCGCAUGAAGGACGAGCGCGACGAUGCGCGAGACGAGCGCGAUGACGCCGUGGCUGCGCGCGACGAGAGCUUGGCACGUGCGCGCCAGGCCAAGCACGCGCUUGAGACGCUGCGCGCCGAGUUUACAGAGUCGCGAUAUGCCUCUCGCCAGCGAGAACUAGCGCGCAUCACGACGGAGGGCGACGACCUGCAUGCGCGCAUCGCUGCGCUGGAAGCCAAGAAGCUCGCAAUGACAAUGGAGAUCGCAGCCGUGCGUAGGAAGUACGAGCCACGCCUGGAGGCUGUGCGCGCGGCAUUGCGUGGAGCAAGUGCGCCGCCGUCAACCAGCGAUACGCCGCCGCGACGAGACGCACCUGAGCCCUCGUCUACCGAGGGUGCAGAAGAAGAACGUGCUGAGAUCGUGCCGUCGCGCGUGAGCGACGAUGAUGGCGCAUCAUCGAUCGACGACGAAGAGCACCGCCGGCCGUUAAAGCGUUGUCGCAUCGUUCCCAACUCGACAGUUAAUGUCUAAUACACGUUGCUAGACAAGUUCAUAGCUUGUGGGCUAGCAUAGCAAA